GGAAGUAACACUCGGUGCUUUCGCUCCCAACUCGGGUGAGUGCGGUGGGCCCCGGAUUGCUAAGUAGCUUCAGGGAGCAGCGAUGGUGGCGCGGGAGCAGCACGGCAAUGUCUGGAGGGGAAGUCAGUAUGCUGAGCACUCAUGUCCUGAAUACAGCCCAAGGCGUCCCGGCAAAAGGUCUAACGCUGACCCUGUUAAAGCACGAUGCCUCUCAGAGCAAAUGGCAGCAGCUAAGCAGAAGUGUUACCAAUGAAGAUGGCCGCUGUCCUGGGUUGCUGCGUGGAGAGCCCCUCACCGCAGGCGUGUACCAGCUUCGCUUUGAUACUGGAGAGUACUGGAAGCAGCUGCAACAGGAGAGCUUUUACCCUUACGUAGAGAUCGUUUUUACCAUCACAGACCCAAAACAGAAAUACCACGUUCCUCUUCUUCUCAGUCCGUACUCCUACUCCACCUACAGAGGGAGCUAGAGAACAGACGCGUGCCGCUAGUGGAUAAUCGUAACCAAAUUGAGUAAUGGAUUUCUGUUAAUUUGCUAAUAAACUCCUUGUACUUUA